GUGCGCACACGGGGCCGCUCGCCAGCUGUAGUGCCACACGGCACGUGGGGCGCGGGCCCGGGGCGACCUGCUUGGGGCCGAGCGGAGCCGAACAGAAUCGAACCGAGCCGAGCCGAACAGAGCCGAACCGAGCCGAGCAGAGCCGAACCGAGCCGAGCCGAGCCGAAACAGAGCCGAGCAGAGCCGAGCAGAGCCGAACCGAGCCGAGCCGGCCGGAGCGGGGCUGAAGAGAUCCAGGCGGAGCCGCCGCCAUGCCCAAGGCGCGGGCCGGGAAGCGCCCGGAGCGCCGGGAGGGUCGCGCCGGCGGCAUCCUCUUCAACACCGGGGCCGGGCAGCACAUCCUGAAGAACCCCUUGGUUGUGAACAGCAUCAUCGAUAAGGCUGCCCUGCGCCGCACUGAUGUAAUUCUGGAAGUGGGCCCGGGAACCGGGAACCUGACUGUAAAAAUGCUGGAGAAAGUCAAAAAAGUUAUUGCAUGUGAAAUUGACCCCAGGCUUGUUGGUGAGCUUCAGAAGAGAGUCCAGGGCACGUGUCUAGCAAACAAACUUGAAAUCAAGGUUGGAGAUAUCUUAAAAACAGAUUUACCAUUCUUUGAUGCAUGUGUGGCUAACCUGCCCUACCAGAUUUCUUCACCUUUUGUUUUCAAGCUAUUGCUUCAUAGACCUUUUUUCAGGUGUGCAAUACUUAUGUUUCAGAGGGAAUUUGCACUUCGUUUGGUUGCAAAACCAGGAAGUAAACUGUACUGCAGACUCUCUAUUAAUACUCAGUUAUUAGCUCGAGUGGACCAUCUGAUGAAGGUUGGAAAAAACAACUUCAGGCCUCCUCCCAAAGUUGAAUCCAGUGUUGUCAGAAUAGAGCCCAAGAACCCACCACCACCUAUCAACUUCCAGGAAUGGGAUGGUCUGGUAAGGAUAGCAUUUGUUAGGAAAAACAAGACACUCUCUGCAGCAUUUAAGUCAAGUGCUGUAGAGCAGUUGCUGGAUCAUAAUUACCGAAUUCAUUGUUCCUUACAUAAUACAGAAAUCCCUGAAAACUUCAAAAUUGCAGAGAAAAUACAGACAGUCCUAAAAGAUACAGGUUACUCUGAAAAACGAGCCCGUUCAAUGGAUAUAGAUGAUUUCAUUCGAUUGCUGCAUGGCUUCAACUCAGAAGGCAUUCAUUUUUCAUAGAUCCUGCUAGAAGAUUGAAAGAUGCUGUAUUUUUUCACCAAAGUUUUUCCUAAGCCAGAGUGGUUGAAAUGGGACAAGCUUUUCUUGUGAAAGCAAUGAACAGAAUACAGCGUAUAUGCUUGGACUAAUAAUAAAAUGUUAGAUGCAGUCUUAUCACGGACAGCAGGCAAGAAGCUGCUGCUGUAUUUUAAAAGCAGUAAAUUCUUUCACAGCUGAAGUGAAAUGCUGGACUACUUCAUGACAAUGUUUUUCUAAAUAUACCCAAAACAUGGAUUGAUGAUAACUGAAAUCUGUGUUCUCUUAUCAUGGACUUCACCUAAGUACAUUCAUACACAAUACUCAACAGUACAACCCAUAAGGGGUCUGGAUAACA